UAGCCCCAGGGGGAGCUCUGCUCUGCUCCACACCAAAGGGCCGGGGGGCGGGGGAGGGCUUUGGGAGGGGGAGAGAAGACCUCUGUUUGGAGCACGCCACACCUGUGAGGGGCUCACUGGGCCAGGGGCUUUGGAGGUGCAGGAGGAGUGAGGGAGUGGGAGAGAGGGAGAGGAAGUGGGAUAGAGAGAGGGAGGUGGAAAAGAAAGGGCACAGAAAGGAACGUGAGAAGACAGAUGAUUCCAACACAGAACAGGACCAUGGUGUGGCUCGGGUGAUGAGACAGCGAAUGGGAGAGGGGAGGACAACCCUUUGGGAAAUACCCAGAGAAGGAAGAGCCACUACAAGCCAGAUGGCCAUAGGUAAAAGGGCAGCUGCUGCUUCCUGCCUCAGAGGAGCAGAGAGGCAGAGGACUACUAUGAGUAAAGGAGAGGGAGAGGGCAGGAGAUGGAUAGAGCAGGACCGAAUUGUGGGGGAGAGGGAGAGAGAGAAGACGGCUGAGGGACAGAGAGAGUUAGGAGAGGGCAGGGAGAGAGAUAGGAGGACUAGUACAGAAUGGGAAAGAGAGAGAGAAACUGAGACGCCAAGCGAGCGGGAGAGCGAGAAGGAAAGAGAGAGGCAUUUGAGAAGAUACCACCAGCAGCUGCAGCAGAUGCAGUGGCUCCAGCAGCCUCUGCCUGGCUCUCCAUCUGUCUGCCGCGGUCUGGAGGAGCUGCUGGCUGGGUACAGGGCCACGACUGGGGCCGGGGGAGACCACCUCUCGCUCCGGGGGGAAGGGACCGCAGGGGUCACAGUGGAGGCAAAGGGGAAGGGACAGAGUCACCUCUCUAACAACACGUCUCAGAGCCACUGCCGCAAUGGCGAUAAUGAUGUUGAUGAUGAUGAUAAUGAAGGAGAUAAUGAUGGUAGUGGAGAGCACAUCCUCGAGUGUCUCGUCCCCGGGGCUGGAUCAGUGCUGUCUACCAUCAGCAGGCUGGAUGACCGAGGGACAGGAGGAGGAGGAGUGGAGAGAGGGAGUGGGGACGAAUGGGGGUCACCCAAGGAGGAGGAGAGGAGAGGGAGAUGGGCAUGGCCAGAGUGUAGAGUGGUCGAGUCAGAAGAGGGCGGCAGGUGGACAGGGGCUGUGUUGCGUCUUGGGGAAGAGGAACGGUUACCAUCUAGCCUCCGCGGGCCAUUUGAGAGGAGGGGGUGGGCAGGGGAACACAAGGAGAGAGGAGAAGAGGACAUGCUGCUGGAGGCUGAAUGGAGCACAGAGGAGGAAGGAGAGGUUAAUGACUUCCCCCGCGGCUCCACAGACAGCAACAGUGACAACGACAACAUUUACCGACACUGCAGCCACCACGCUCCGGCCGAGAGGCCCCUCUCUCCACCCCCGCCCCCAGCCAAGCUCAACGACCUGUCCCUGGAGUCCAAGCACAUCAACCAGAGCUCCAGUGGCCUGUGCCUACACUUCCAAAAUGUCCCCCUUUGCCCCUGUCAGCAGGGAGUACCACUGAGCCCCAGAGAAAGGACAGCGCUACCAGGUGCUGAGCUGCUACGUCAGAUAGACCCUGCCACCCCCCUUCUGUCCUUUGUGCAGACGUGGAGGGGAGCAGCUUUUGGCACCACAAGGCUUCCCCCUGAGAGCCAAAAUAAUUCUGGAGUUGUGGCUCAAAUGCCCCCUUCUUCACCACCACACUGUGAGUCCUCGGGCGAUUCAUCUAGAUGCACCAUGGACCCCCUCUCACUUUCCUUGCUUCAAGUAGACAGGCUGGCAGCCACAGACUCCUUCCUCUGCCAGCAGGUACCACACAGCACCUACUCCCCCUCCCUCUUGCCUAGGGAAGGUGGAAAGAGAAAAGGGGUGGUGGAGGGUGGCCAGUCUCUAGUACCAACUCUAGGGAUAGAUGGGAAGAGUGAAGGCCACAUGGAUCAGAGGAGAUCCAAGAUGGACGCUGCUCCUCUCUGGAGAAUGGCUAUGACCAAACCAUCUGCCCCUGUGGUCUCCCUGGUGUCUGUCCAAGACCAAAGUGGAAUCCUGAAAACCCCAGCCCAGUUAGGGAGGGAGGUCCUAGGCUCCUGAGACUCUACCUGUCCCCCUGGCCCUUCUCCACACCUCCACUCACCACACAACCUCACUGUAUCCAAUACACACACAACCAAGUGCUCCCAAGGCCCAAUCCAGCCCAACACACAAACAUCACACCCUCUGCCUUCCACCCAUAUACCACAACGUACACAUACACCUCCCAUCACUACUAAACACACAUUUCAGGAUACACCCAACUCCUCUAUCCCUAGUGUGCAAAUUCUCCAACAAAUGAACAACCCUGUGCAAUUUAACAUUUUGCAGGACCAAUCUCAGUCACCCAGUUCAAACAGUUCUCCUAAUCUCCACACUCCAUGCCGUCUCAGCGGUUCAAGCAGUCCAGACGGUCCAAACGGUCUGUUAAAGCAUGUUGGACCCCCAGCCAUCCUCUCCUUCUCUACUCAGGAAGCACUGGAGCAUGCCUAGUGGUGUGUUGUCCAGACCCAUUGGGAGCAGUUGAAGCAGAUAGUCUCUGUGUCGUAGAGAGGGGACAUUGCUGUGCCAACAGCCUGACAUGGACUUUAGGGAGUACGUUCAGAAACUGGAGGAGAUCAUGGAGCAAAAGGCUGUGUGCGUUCAGAGCCUGAGAGCUCUGCUACAGCCCUACCUCACCCAACUGAAAAAUCCUUGUUGAAAAAUAUUAGUCAUUUUGAAUUCAUGGAGUGAAUUUCAAUUCAGUUCUGUUUCUGAAUUGAAAACUGAAUUGACCCCAAACCUGCCUGACGUACCUUAAAUUACACCAGGCAAAUCAUUUGUGUGAGUGUGGAGUGAGCUGUAUUUUUUUUAACAGUAGCCUACAGGAACAAACACUUAUAGUCAGUACCUUCAUGAUUAAGGCACUGUACUACUGUAUCACAAAUAAUGAGAUUCCCAUAGAGAAUGAUAGAGUCCUCUAGUGGCCAAAAGGCCAUGUUAGCAUGGACAGCACCAUUGAGGGCUUCCACCAUUAUAAUGUAGUCAACUGGAUUGGACUUUCAACUUCAUUGUCUAAUGCCUCCUGGUGAUCCUGUUGGAGUCAUGUCCAACUAGGUAAUCAGGAGGGAUCAGCCAAUUGUGUACAUCAAAAUGGAGAUAGCCUCAAUGGUGCUGCCCAUGCUGUCACAGACGCUAUAGUGGCACAGAUACAAAGAUGAGUCCUCUAUCUCUAUGGAGAUUCCCAACCUCUGUCAUUUCAAGAAUUUUGCUACGAGUAACUUAUCAUAAAAAGUUAUGGAAUCAUUAUAAUGUUGUACUUUGGUAGUUUGCGUAGUCUGUCCACGAGAGAUUAAAUAUACAUGGAAGAAAAAUCACUGUUUUUAUGUGGUAGGCCUAUCCUCUGUGGUUGGCCUUUGAAAUGCAUACGCAAAGAAGAUGUCUGCCAGUUCUUCAUCUGUCUUGCCAACAGAUGGAGGCGCUGUGUGUGAAAAUCCUUGUUUUCAGAGUAGAAAAUGUAUUGCACAAUUCACUCAAAAAGAAAAGUCACAUGCUUCAUAAAACAACCGGUGUAGACUAAAA